UUUAAUUAACCAUUUACUCCCGUCUGCACAAUAACGGAUGCGAUCUUUUGGGCUGUGUCCGUCUAUCGUAGGCAAUAAGGUAUCGCGUAGAUUGCUUUUUUUUUUUAUAGUAAAGAACUAGUGAGGUCUGACUUUUUGGGGUUAAGUUUGUGAAAAGGAAGAGCAAAAACAAGGAGGGCUUGCCGCCUGCAAAACACGCCCUCUAUGCCAGAGAAACUAAAAUUCUACAGUCUUAGCGGUACGCAAGCCAUGUCCGUCGAAACCUCUGGCGCUUUUUGCUGAGAAAACUUGUUGAAAUGAAAUGUAUUAAACAUUUUUUUUUUCAAGCGCAAAUGUAUGCAAUCUAUAUGCGUAUAAAACGUAAGAGUUACUGCUGAACGCGGAACUUCUGUAAAAGUACCAGUACAACAGAGCGAGACGUGGCGAUGUCAUCUGGAGAUGCAGGGCCGAGUGUCGGUGGUGGUCUUGACGCUGCAGACUCAGCCAUGCCUGAGGACUUGCAGCCUCGGGGUACCACAGGGAAACGUUUUAUUACUGCCUUGUUAUCAUUCGCAAAGUGCCUCGGUGCCUUGCUGCCCGUUUACUUAGCGGGUUAUUUCGGGUUAAGUAUCAGUUUAGUUCUAUUCGGACUUGCGGUGUAUAUGGGUUGGAAACACCACCGCGAUGCAAAACAGACACGACUGCACAGCGCCAUGUAUUUGAUGGAGAAUGAAAAAGGUUACACUACCACGCAGGUUUUCAGAAGCAAGCGUGAUCUACCGGCAUGGGUGAACUUUCCAGAUGUGGAGAAAGUGGAAUGGCUAAAUAAGAUUCUGCAGCAGGCCUGGCCUUUCGUGGGACAGUACCUGGAGAAGCUGCUGGUGGAGACAGUGGCUCCCUCGAUCAGAGCCUCCAGCGCCCACCUUCAGACCUUUAGCUUCACCAAAGUCAACCUGGGAGACAAGCCUAUGAAGGUGGUGGGGGUGAAAGCUCACACUGAGCACGACAAGCGUCAGGUCUUACUAGACAUUUACAUCAGCUAUGCUGGAGAUGUAGAGAUCAAUGUGGACGUGAAGAAGUACUUCUGUAGAGCGGGAGUGAAAGGAAUUCAGCUACAUGGAAAAAUGAGGGUGAUCCUGGAGCCACUGAUAGGAGAUGUCCCUCUUGUUGGAGCGAUCACCAUGUUUUUCAUCCGUAGACCUGUGAGUUUCCAUUUCCAUUUUUUUCAAAAAUUUGAAAACCCUAAGAAAUAUAUGCCACAGAAUGUAAUACAUUUACCCAUUUUCACAAAAUUACUAUGCUGUUUCAGAGUGUUUAGCACUUUUACACUUUUACUUUCUAUUCAUCUGUUCUUUCUUUUGUUCCGACAGAAGCUGGACAUCAACUGGACAGGUCUUACCAACUUACUGGAUAUUCCAGGUCUGAGCACCAUGUCAGACACUAUGGUAAUGGACGCCAUCUCUUCUUUCCUGGUGCUCCCUAACCGCCUGACUGUGCCUUUGGUGGCUGACCUGCAUGUAGCACAGCUCCGUUCACCCCUGCCGCGGGGAAUAGUGCGAAUACAUCUGCUGGAGGCUGAGAACCUGGCUGCCAAAGACAAUUACAUCAAGGGUGUAAUCGCUGGCAAGUCAGACCCUUAUGCUUUGCUGCGAGUGGGCACUCAGGUCUUCACGUCCCACCACGUGGACAACAACCUCAACCCCCAGUGGCGGGAGAUGUAUGAGGUAAUAGUUCAUGAGGUUCCUGGCCAGGAACUGGAGGUGGAGGUGUUUGAUAAAGACCCUGAUCAAGAUGACUUCCUGGGAAGAGUCAAGCUGGACUUGGUCCUGGUAAAGAAAGCAAGAAUUUUGGAGGCGUGGUUCACUCUGAAGGAUGCACCAACUGGCAAGGUUCAUCUUAGGUUGGAGUGGCUUUCAUUGCUAUCCUCUGCAGAGCGCCUUAGUGAGGUGCUCCAGAAGAACCAAAACCUCACUGUCUCCAGCAAGACCACUUACCUGCCUUCAGCCGCCAUCUUGACUGUGUACUUGGACCGAGCACAGGAUCUACCUAUGAAGAAAGGCAAUAAGGUCCCCAGCCCUAUGGUGCAACUAUCUAUCCAGGAUGCCACCAAAGAAAGCAAGACUGUUUAUGGGACCAGCAACCCCGUGUGGGAGGAUGCCUUUACCUUCUUCAUCCACGACCCUCGCAAGCAGGACCUUGACAUUCAGGUAAAAGAUGAUGACAGGUCUCUGACUCUGGGCACUCUGUCCAUUCCUCUGUCACGCCUGUUGUCUGUGGCUGAUCUCAGCAUGGAUCAGUGGUUCCAGCUGGACAAGUCUGGACCUGCCAGUCGCAUCUACAUGAAUAUUAUACUGAGGGUUCUGUGGCUUGACCAGGAUGCCAGCUCCACCACUCCUGUGUCCCCGUACCCCUCAGUUUCAUUGUCUGAUGAUGGAGAAGAAGGUGUCAUACCAGAUUUGACCACAGGAGGAACCUGCAUUCUACCAACCCCCACACUUCCAGAGCACACCAGCCCAGACUCCAGCUUUGCCAUCGAGGGUGUUCUGCGGAUCCACCUGGUGGAGGCCCAUGACCUUGUUGCAAAGGAUAGCUUCAUGGGUGGCAUGAUGAAGGGCAAGAGUGACCCCUACAUGAAGAUCCAAGUGGGGGGGCUGACCUUUAAGAGCCACGUCAUUAAAGAGAACCUCAACCCAGUGUGGAACGAACUUUAUGAGGUCAUUCUCACAGCACUGCCAGGCCAGGAGGUGCAAUUCAACAUGUAUGACAAAGACCUGGAUCAGGAUGACUUCCUCGGCAGGUUUAAGCUGAAUUUAAGUGACCUCAUUAGUGCCCAAUAUACUGAUCAGUGGUACACCCUGAAUGAUGUGAAAUCAGGAAGGGUUCAUCUACUAAUGGAAUGGCUGCCAAGAGUCUCAGACCCACUAAGACUGGAGCAGAUCUUGCGCUACCAGUGUCAGGAGUCCUAUGCAAAUAAGGCUGUGCCCUCUGCUGCUGUGCUCUUUGUGUAUGUGGAAAGGGCCUAUGGUCUUCCUUUGAAGAAGAAUGGGAAAGAGCCAAAAGCUGGAGCUGAGUUGUCCCUCAGAAAUAUAUCCUAUAGGACUAAACUUGCUGAUCGCUCAACAUCUCCACGCUGGGACGAAGCUUUCUCCUUUCUGGUUCAUGACCCCAGAGAGGACACCCUUAUUCUGAAGGUUUUCCAUAGCUGGGGACAGCCUCUGGGUUCAGUUGUGCUGCCUGUGAAGGACAUAAUGGCAGAGCAGGCCUUGGUGCUGGAUCGCUGGCUCACCUUGGAUGGAGCCUUGCCUGAGAGUCAGUUAUUAAUAAGGGCUGAACUCAAGCUGCUGGAUUCUAAGAGGGCACAGUAUGCUGAUGCUAGCAGUGGCACUGAAGAGGUGGAACUUAGCAUCCCCAGUGCUGACACAGUGUCUGCAGCCAAUCAGGAUCUCAGACACAGGACAGUCUCCGCCCAGGGAAACGCAGAUGCACAAGCCAGUGGGCGGGGUCAAGUGAAACUCUCUAUUGCCUAUUCUACUGAGGAGAACAGACUUGUCAUAACUAUCUGUUCUUGCAGAAAGCUGCCAUGCCGCUCCAAAGAUGGCUUGGACCCUUAUGUUUCCUUCAUUCUCCAGCCCGACAAAAACAGAAGCACCAAAAGAAAAACCAAUGUGAAGAAGCGAGAUCUUAAUCCUGAGUUCAAUGAGAGGUUUUAUUUUGACUUCUCCCUGGAGGAUGCCAUGCAAAGACACCUUGACCUGUCAGUCAAAAACAGUGUUUCUUUUUUGAGCCGUGAGAGAGAGCUGAUUGGCAAGCUCCAGUUAGACCUGAAUCAAUUGGAUCUCAGAGCAGGCGACCAACGGUGGUAUGAUUUAACAGAUGAGACCAACUGAUCUGGCCUGGGGAGGUUUUAUCACAGUCACUUUACGCCCUGGUUCCCAGGCUGCAUUUGCAUGUUGCUGUUACCUAUAUACCUUUGUGCAUUGUAUGCUUGUGAUUUAAGUUUGGUAGUUACUGGGGCUUUUAUCCCCAACAUGACCAAAUGUGUUUUUGGCAGGCGGUAUGCAAGACUCAGCACAUAUCGGCAGAAUCACAACAAGGAAAAUAACCCUUAAGGAUGUCCACAUCAUCAUUGCUUCUCCUUAUAUUUGUUAUGUUCCUUUCUUUGACAAAAGGUUGAUUACUUCAAC